AUGAGUUCAAUUGCGUGUAGAUGUAGACAUCCAAUUUUUAGUGGUAGUGGAUUAGGUGAUAUAAGAUUGUAUAAAAGUUCACCGCGUCUUCAGUACGGAGCAAAUAUUCGCUUAGUAGAAGGGAGAAAUCUUGGUGGGGCAUUCACUCGUUUCUUUAGAUAUAUUGCACCCAUUGUACAAAAAGCAUUACCGUUUAUUAAAUCAGGUGCAAAAGCAGCUGGAAAAGAAGUUUUACAAGGUGGUCUUGAAAUAUUAGAAAAUAUUAACGAUAAACCUUUAAAAGAUUUAAUGAAAGAACAAACAAAGAAACGCGUUCAAAAUUUGAGUGAAAAAGCUGCUCAAACUUUGAAAAAAAAUCUAAGUGAAGAAUUAAUGAUUUUUGAAAAAAAACCUAAUCAAGUGGCGAUAGAUAGUUCGGAAUUUGUGAAGGUUUCUAGUGUCAACUCUAUAGAAAACUCAAAUAUUGUUGAAUUUCGAGAUCUUGGUAGUGCACGAGCCUUCAAAGCACUUAGUCAAACUCUUUUGGUAGCGGAUAUUCAAGUCAUUAAAUCAGAUGGAAAAUUAUACACUUCUGAAGAUAGUAAACAACCAACUUUAGCCAACAACAUUCUAGCGUCUCUGAUUAAAUCAAUAAGUUUAAGUUUAAAUAAUGUUAAUGUUGUAACUAUAAGUGAAACAUAUGCACAACGUGAGUAUAUAGAAGAUGUUUUGAAUUAUAAUGAAGAAACAGUUAAAAAUAAACUAUGGAUGCAAGGAUUAUAUCCUAUUGAAACUGCGGCUGAAAAAAUAAAAGAGAGUACGAAAAAUUCGAAAAUUAUACAAUUAAUUACAACUUUGAAUCUUUGCACAACAUCAAAAUUAUUAAUUCCAAAUGUUGAUAUUUACAUAAAAUUGGAGCUUGCUAAUGCAGCAUUUCCAAUCAUUGAAGAUGAUACAAGUACUUCAAAAAUUGUAAUUAAAAAUAUUUAUCUUAUGAUGAAAUAUGUUUAUUGUAAAACUGGUUAUAAUAUGUUUGUUGAAAGAGAAUUGAGUGAUAAAACAAAGGCUGUUUAUGACUUUAAAAGCUCUCUCAUUCUCAAUUAUACUUUACCAAACAAUACUACUGAAUUCUCAAUUCCUUCUAUUUACACGGGUGCUAAACCAAGUUUUGUUUUAAUUGCUUUUGUAAAAACAUCUUCAUUCUUGGGCGAUAAUAAAGAAGAUCCUCAUAAAUAUCAGAUUUUUGAUAUGAAUAAGUUUAAUUUUAUACUAAAUGGUCAAUUGCAUCCAAAAACACCAUUUGUUUUUAAAAAUGAUGAAACUGAACAGAAAAUUGCGAAAUUGUACAUGAAUUUACAACAUUCUAUUGGAAUGGAUUGUAAUAAUGAAUCAAAUUUGGUUACUCAGAAAAACUUUACAACAAAUAAUUUCUUUAUAUCAUUAGAUUUAUCUAGUUUUAACUUUGCUUUAAGUGAUAUUAAUGAAGCUACAGAAAAUGUAAAUUUAGGAUUUUCUGUUGUUUUUAGCAAACCAACUCCACAUCCAAUUACAGCUUUACUCUAUAUUCUAAGACCAAGAUGUUUUGAAAUAUCACCUGCACGUGUUGUAGAUGUGAUUUAUUGA